AUGUCUUCAAGCGUUCGUUCAGGUGUAAUCACUCUGCUGCACACGGCAUGUGGUGCUGGUAUCUUAGCGAUGCCGUACGGGUUUAAACCGUUCGGUGUCAUACCGGGGAUUGCCAUGAUAUCGUUCUGCGCUCUCUGCUCGCUUGCUGGACUACUGUUGCAGGCCAAAGUGGCUCGUUACGUGCCUGGCAGAUCGGCUUCUUUCUUCUCGCUGACUCAGAUUAUCAAUCCGAACUUGAGCGUUAUCUUCGAUGUUGCAAUUGCUAUCAAGUGUUUUGGCGUUGGGGUCUCAUACAUGAUUGUUGUUGGCGACCUGAUGCCGCAAAUAGCGGCAGUGUUCAGUUCGCACGAGCUGCUUUUGAACCGGAACCUCCAUAUCACUCUGAUCAUGUUGUUCAUCGUGGCUCCGCUGUGCUUCCUCAAGAAACUCAGUUCGCUGAGAUAUGCGUCGCUGGUGGCGCUCUCUGCCGUGGCGUACCUGUGUGUGCUGAUCCUAGUGCAUUUUGCAUGGCCCUCGCAAGAUAUAGAGGAGCUCAAAGGACGUGUUUCCCUUGGUCUGCCGGACGGACACACCAAUCCGCUGACAACGCUGCCAAUCUUUGUGUUUGCAUACACCUGUCACCACAACAUGUUCUCUGUGAUAAAUGAGCAGGCGGACGACUCCUUUGGAAACGCCAGGAGAGUGGCCAUUUACGCCAUGUCGCUGGCGUUGGCGCUCUACGUUCUCGUGGGCGGACUGGGCUAUCUGACCUUUGGCGAUCACAUCAUCGGGAAUAUCAUCAAACUGUACCCGCAGUCCGUCUCCACGACUGUCGGGAGAAUUGCAAUCGUGCUGCUUGUCAUGCUUGCGUUCCCGCUGCAAUGCCAUCCCGCCAGGGCGUCCGUCAACCACAUCCUGUUCUACAUCCAGGAACGCAAGAAGCAAAGCAUGAGAACGGACAACCGCGUCGGCGCCGGUACAGUCGACGAAGCCUCCACACUGAUUGUGAAUCCCGAGCAAGAAUAUAUUAUCGACGAACUCAUCGAGGAGGACUCGAGCCAGCAACCGCAGGUGGUUACAUUACAUGGCAGGAAAUUCGUCAUAAUUACCACUGUACUACUGAUCGCCUCCUAUCUACUGGCGGUGUCCGUUUCCUCGCUGGCCCGUGUACUAGCCAUCGUCGGUGCUACUGGUUCCACAUCCAUUUCCUUCAUCCUGCCCGGGAUCUUCGGCUACCAGCUGAUCGGAUCAGAGAUAGAAGCCGGCUCCCUGCAGCUCAAGACCAGGCUCUUCAAGUACAGCGGCCUCUUGCUCGCCAUCUGGGGACUUCUGGUGAUGGUUACAUCUCUGACGGCCACUUUGACGAUGCAUUCUUCGCAUUGA